CUCACUUCUCUACCAUCUUCCUUCCCCCCAUCCUCAUUCUAAUUUUCUAUCUCUCAUCUGUGUCCCUAGUCACCUGAGGUGGUGGUGGUGGAGAGAUGGCGGACGAUGCGGGGAAGAGUAUAUGCGGCGUGCCGGAGAGGGUGCAGCUGCAUGUGGCCAUGCUGGCCCUGCAGUUUGGGUACGCCGGGUUUCAUGUCGUCUCCCGGGCGGCCCUUAACAUGGGGAUCAGCAAGGUGGUGUUCCCUGUCUAUAGGAACAUCAUCGCUUUGAUCCUCCUCGUGCCUUUCGCCUACUUCCUCGAGAAGAAAGACAGGCCAGCCAUGACGCUCUCCUUCCUCGUUCAAUUCUUCCUCCUCGCCUUGUGUGGUAUAACUGCAAACCAGGGUUUCUACCUGCUAGGCCUCGACAACACCUCUCCUACGUUCGCCUCCGCCAUCCAAAACUCCGUCCCGGCCAUCACCUUCCUCAUGGCCGUCCUCCUCAGGAUAGAGAAGGUCCGAAUCGACCGAAAGGACGGGAUUGCAAAGGUGGCGGGCACGCUAGCCUGCGUCGCGGGCGCAUCGGUCAUCACCCUCUACAAGGGUCCGACCAUCUUCUCCCAGUCUCAUGCCCUGAACCAACCUAGCCUUCGCUCCCCACCGGCAAUGCUGUGGCUGGGUGACGCCGAGGGGAAGAACUGGACGCUGGGUUGCGUAUACCUCAUCGGACACUGCCUGUCGUGGUCCGGGUGGUUGGUUCUCCAGGCGCCGGUGCUGAAGAAGUACCCGGCGAGGCUGUCGGUGACCUCGUACACUUGCUUCUUCGGCGUGAUCCAGUUCUUGGUCAUCGCAGCCUUCAUCGAGAGGGAUUCCGAGGCCUGGAUCUUCCACUCCGGCACCGAGCUCUUCACCAUCCUCUACGCGGGAUUCAUUGCUUCAGGUGUUGCCUUUGCUGUUCAAAUAUGGUGCAUUGACAGGGGUGGUCCUGUCUUCGUGGCUGUCUACCAACCGGUCCAGACACUUGUGGUUGCUAUCAUGGCUUCGAUUGCUUUGGGCGAACAAUUCUACCUUGGAGGGAUCAUUGGUGCAAUAUUGAUCAUAGCUGGACUAUAUCUGGUCUUGUGGGGAAAGAGUGAGGAGAGAGCAUUUGCUGCAAAAGAGGCCGCAGUCAUGGUUUCUUCCACUGCUGAAAAUGAUGGACUGAGACCAACAACUCCCUUCAAGGCUUCUUCCAUUACUCAGCCCCUAUUGCCCUCGUUGCCAUCAGAAAAUGUGUAACAGAAAUCCCCUGGAACAACUAUGGACUAAUCUUUAUGUUAUGCUGUCAAGAAGGAAAGAACAGUGUGUGGUCGAGAACAAAGGGUUAGAUAUGUUCACUCAAAUUGAAUAGGCUAUAUUACUUGGGUUGAUAGGGGAGUGAUCGGUGAGUAAAGCUGCUUGUGUUACUACUUUGUUGAAAAAAUCUAAGAGGUUUGGCUUGUUUGCUAUUGUCCUUUCCUUCAAUUGCUUGAACGUUGUAGACUUGAAGAAGAGAAUCAAAUCAUCUAUUUUGUCUCUUAGCCUGGUAAA